AUGGCGGAAAACGGCAGCACUCUCCCUGCCAGCACCAAGUCUCCCACGGCCGAGGAGCACGUCGUUGAUGCAAAAGGCAAGGGAAAGGCCGUCGAGGAAGAGGCUCCCAAGAGUGAGCCCGUGGUAGACGACGACGACGACGACGAAGACGAUGAGGAAGACGCCAACGAGGGCGAUGAAGACGCCGAGGAGGAUGGCAUGGAGGAGAUUGAUCUCAACAACAUUCUCGAAGGCGGUCGUCGCACUCGCGGCACCAAGAUCGACUUUGCCAAGGCAGCCGAGCAGCAUCCCGCCGAGGACGAGGACGAAGAGGAUGACGAGGACUUUGAGCCGACGGCCGAUGACACUGAAAUGACGGGUUAA